GUCUUCCACGGUAUUUACGUCACUUCCGCCUCCAAUAUCCCGGAUGAAACUGCCAUUGGGGCCAGUAAGCAGGGCCACAGACACUGGUCAGAAUUCAUAAACCGGUAAAAGGGGGUCGAAGGAAAUCGACGCCCCGCAGGGUUGAUGUGGACGGGACAGCGCGGAGCUGCAGCAGGACUGUGAUAAUAACAAAGCGUCUGCUCCGAGCAGGGACAGCGGGUAACAGGCGAAGGCUGCACGGUUAGCACAGUGACGCGGAACAGCUUCCCCGGCUCUUGGCCUCUCACACGGCGGACACUCAAAACGUCUUGCCGGAGUUUAAUUUUACAGCACUUGGUGGAUGAAUGAUGUCUGCCGCCAGUAUCGACCCUCAGACAUCGAAGGGACAAGAUGCAAGUAAAGCCUUUCCAGUGUCAGUGCAGAAUGGCUCUCUCCACCAGAAGGACACGGUCCACGACAAUGAUUUUGAGCCUUAUCUUACUGGCCAGUCCAACCAGAAUAACAGCUAUCAGUCCAUGACAGAUCCUUACCUGUCCAGUUACUACGCCCCCUCCAUCGGUUUCCCUUACCCUCUCAGCGAAGCCCCUUGGUCAACAGGAGGCGACCCGCCCAUACCCUACCUGACUCCUUAUGCCCCGCUCAGCAAUGGAGACCAUCACUUCAUGCACGACACCGUGUUUGGGCAGCCGGGGGGGCUCAGCAGCAGCAUCUAUCCUCACAGGUUUAACUUUUUCCCAGAAAACCCAGCUUUUUCUGCUUGGGGCACGAGCGGUUCCCAGGGCCAGCAGACUCAGAGUUCAGCCUACGGGGGGAGCUACAGCUACCCGCCCAGCUCUCUGGGAGGCACCUUAGUACCAGAGAGUCAGACAGGGUUCCACAGUGACACUCUGAGCAAGGCCCCGGGCAUGAACAGCCUGGAGCAGGGGAUGCUGGGACUGAAACUAGGCGGGGAAGUGACCGGAAGUGGCUCAAGUGUGAAGGGUGGAGGCUCUGUGAUCGGUGGGGGCGGCAGCGUGGCGGCCAUUCCCACGGGCAACGGCGGGACACCGAUCGGGAUGCCCCCGCCCAAGCCUACGUCAUGGGCCGCAAUUGCGAGUAAACCUGCCAAGCUGCAGCAACAAAAGACCAAGAACAAGCCCGGCGCCCCCCUGAUUGGAGGAGGAGGUCUGCCUCCACCCCCAAUCAAACACAACAUGGACAUUGACACGUGGGAUAAUAAAGGGACUGCUACAAAGAUAGGCCCUCCACUGGCGCACCACCACCACCACCACCACCACCAACAGCAUCAGCCACAGCUCCACUCCCACGCCCCCAGUCUAAUCCCCCCCCUACAACAGUCCAUUCAGUCUGCUCAGUCCCUGGUGCAGCAGAUGACCAUGCAGGCUCCGCCCCCUCCUCCUCAGUCUUAUCACAACCACAACUCUGCUCCCACACCUCAGACCCGCUGGGUUGCCCCGCGCAACCGUAACCUGUGCUACGGCGGCGGGAGGCUGGGCAGCAGCGGCUCCUCCUCCGGCGGCGGGGGCAGCGGUAACGGAGGCGGCGGCGGCGGUCUGCUCCCCGAGCCCGGGGCGGACUCCCACCCUGUUCUGGAGAAGCUCAGAGCAGCCCACAGCUACAACCCCAAGGACUUUGAUUGGAACCUGAAGAACGGCCGCGUGUUCAUCAUCAAGAGCUACUCGGAGGACGACAUCCACCGCUCCAUCAAGUACUCCAUCUGGUGCAGCACAGAGCACGGCAAUAAGCGCUUGGACUCGGCCUUCAGAGCCAUGAACUCUAAAGGUCCCGUCUACUUGUUGUUCAGCGUCAACGGCAGCGGGCAUUUCUGCGGUGUGGCAGAGAUGCGCUCACCUGUGGACUACGGAACCAGCGCCGGCGUUUGGGCGCAGGACAAGUGGAAGGGCAAGUUUGACGUGAACUGGUUGUUUGUAAAGGACGUGCCUAAUAGUCAGCUGCGCCACAUCCGCCUGGAAAACAACGACAACAAGCCCGUCACCAACUCCCGUGACACUCAAGAGGUUCCACUGGAGAAGGCCAAGCAGGUGCUGAAGAUCAUCGCCCAGUACAAACACACCACCUCCAUCUUUGACGACUUCUCCCACUACGAGAAGAAGCAGGAGGAGGAGGAGGUGGUGAAGAAGGGCUACGAACCUGCACCGAUGCAGAACCGAUCUCGAAUGGAUCAGGAUCGUCAGAAGUGAACAGCAGGAGGCGCCCUCUGAAAGCUUUGAUCAACGUUGUACUCGGAUGGACGUACUGAAAUUUAAGAGCAAAAAGAAAAAACGCACGGACACAAAGAAAUUGAAAACUAAUAUUAUUUUCUAUGUAAGGAUGCUGGCUUUAGCCCAUGUCAAAUUUUGAGCCACACAGUUCCUGGUUCCCCGGUCUUUAGGAGGAGUGCAGGGAUUCAGACUUAGUUCCACCGGUUGAGUCGCUUCAAUAAUAUAUAUAUAUAUUUUUCUUGUUUGUUUGGUUAUUUUCUAGCCUUAUAAAUCUUUAUCGCUCCCCUAGAAAAAUCGCAUUCUCGAACUAAAUAUAAAUAUCUGCACGUCUGUUUUAAAACUCUUGGUAAAACAUGCUGCUGAUAUUCAGUGACUGUUCACUUUGUGGUUUGUGUGUUGGAGACAUGUUAAGUGCUUGUAUUGGUUAAUCUUUAUGAGUGAGCAACACUUUAUUGACAAACGUCUGCUAUGUGUACGUGGCCAGUUGUGUUUUAUAUUAUCAGAGGUAAAAGCUUCAGAAACGGCCCCCCGGUUUUUUUCAUGUUCGGGCCGUUUUUACUUUGGUGGAGGAAUGUGACACUGAACGUUUUUGUUUUGCGUUGACAUAAUUGUGCAAAGGUUGUGACAUUAGAAAGCGUAACUGUUAGAAAAGGUCAUUGGGAAAACGAACGCCUGGCUUCAAAUGAUUGUCCAUUUAAAAUAUGAAAUCUGGGGAAAAUUAUGACUUUAUUCUUUUGUUUAUUGUUUUUUUUUUCCCUCCACAGAGUUGAGCCUUAUUAUGGUGAUUCAAAGUAAUUCUGUCGGUGAAUUUGUUCCGCACCAGAAAUUCCUUCGAAAUUGCGAGUUUGAUUUUCAGUGUGAAAAAAAAGUCCAGUGAAGAGUCUUUAAGGUGUUUUUUUUUUUUUUUUUUUGGAAAAAACAUUUGAAAAAUGUUUCUCUGUUCAAGCGACUGUCAUUCCCCACUUUUCCAACAGGUGGGGGAAUGUAGCAUGUAGUGCUUCAAAAAGUCAAGAGCCAGGCCCGUUACUUUGAUUUUUUUUUUUUUUUUGUCUUUUUUCGGUUAGUGUUUUCUCCCUUUCUUAACAAUAUAAUGAUCUUGGCAUUUCAUCAUUUUUAUUGCUAUAACCUUUUUAACAUCAUCAUCACAAAAUGUAAGCUUUAAUGUAUCGGCAUUUCUAACUGAGAUCGCCUCGAAAUGUUUAACUGUAGCAUUAUACUUAACCAAUUUAUUGUCAAGUGUAUGAACACCCAGAGACUAGCCUAUAUGGUAUAUGUUUGUGACUUCUUCUUCUUCUUUAUUUCUUUUCUUUUCUUUUUAUUGCUUGCUGUAUUAUGUAUGUGUGUUUGCAGGAGUGAGAGAAGUGAGAGGGAGUACGACUUUGGAGCAAUCAGAGUUAUAUUAUCUUAUUGGAAUAUAAAAAGUUAUGCAAAAAAUGUUUUAAGUCACCCCUGAAUUAAAUAUCGAUUGUAUCAAGAGGUCACUAUCACAUUCUUAGAUUUCAUCAUGUUCAUUAUUAAAGAUAUACUUAUCUGUUG